UAGUUUUAAUUUUCCACAGGUGACGAUGUAUGGGGCUCCAGUGGAUUUAUCUUUUAAAGCGAUCAGCAACUUGGCAGAUGCACAGUCAGAAGAACCAAACAGUGGUCUGCGGCCUUUAAAGAGAAAUUCAGUCGGAAAGUUUCUAAGUGGCUCCCUGCGUCUUAAUAACAACCAUAUUACAAACCUGUAUGAGCUUCACAAAACCAUCAACCACUUCCUGGCUGAACCAUCACUGCUUGGCUGGCUGGACCUUUCUUUUAACCACAUCACAAAUAUAGACAAAGUUUUAUGUGAGCUGCCCCAACUGCGGGUGUUGUAUCUUCAUGGUAACCGUAUUUUUACUCUAUCAGAGGUAGACAAGCUACAAAGUCUCUCACGUCUACACACCAUCACACUACAUGGAAAUCUCAUUGUAACAAACAAGGCCUACAGGAAUCACGUGAUAGCUGCUUUGCCCCGAUUAAAGACGAUGGACUUCAGUGUUGUGACCCCUCAGGAACGAGCCUUGGCACAGAUCUGGCACCACAGUAGCAUCCCAAGCAAAAGAAAUGAGGAAAUACUUCAGUGA